CUCUCUCUCUCUCUCUCUCUCUCUCUCUCUCUCUCAACUCUUAGGGAACUGGUUCCGCUAGAGUGCAACCAGCUCAUCUGCAUCUGGCCCUGGGGACUUGCAGGAGCCAGAAGACGAGGAAGAGGAGAGGGGAGGCAAGCGGGAAGGUAGGAGAAGCGAAAGCGCACAGCCUACCGGACCGCACCACAGGGCAAACCCAAGCCCGACGCGCUGCCCUGGCCUUGCCCAUGAGGCCUCUACGGAGCGGGCAAAGGAAGCACCGCGGCGUCUCGCUGGGAUUCCUCGCCCUCGGCCUGACCACAGCCUGCUGUCUGCAGAGCCGCAGCGUGGACCACCUCUACGGGAUCGCCCCGCCCCCCUGGGCCGGGCCUCAUCAAAGCCGGAAGCGGUCUGGGAGAUAACCCACUCCUGUGAAUGCCUCCUCCGCAAUAUUUUUCAUUUCUGGAGUAAGCAGACUGCACCUGAGGUGUCCGAGACCUCAAGGGCACACGGCCCGGCCCCUACUGCCGGACCAACUCCUCCACUCGCCCUUUUGGGUCAACAGCAUGCUCUGCAGGUGUGCCUGCUCGGCAUCUGGGGACAAGGGUGGAGCUGCGCUCUCAUGAAGCCUGCUGAGUGUCCACUCUACCAUCAGAGGAGCUGGGAAAAAAACCAGGAAGACCUUCUUCGGGUAAUCCUAAGCCUGUUGCAGAUUCCUCAUGCUGCAGCCAGCCUGACCUUUUAGUCACCAGGUCCCAAACCUGAGGACCCACCAUGGCUCCUGGUCAGGGCGUGUCCCUGUACAUCCCCCAGUCCACCAUCAACGCUACAGUGAAAGAAGACAUCCUGCUCUCGGUGGAAUACUCCUGCCAUGGCGUCCCCACCAUCGAAUGGAAGUAUACAUCCAACUGGGGAGUGCAGAAGAUCGUGGAGUGGAAGCCGGGGGCCCAGGCCAACAUCUCCCAAAGCCACAAGGACAGAGUCGGCACCUUUGACAAUGGCUCCAUCCAGCUCUUCAGCGUGGGCGUGAGGGAUUCUGGCUACUAUGUUGUCACAGUGACUGAGCACCUGGGAAGCAGCCAGUUUGGCACCAUUGUGCUGCAUGUGUCAGAGAUCCUCUAUGAAGACCUCCACUUUGUCGCUGUCUUCCUUGCUUUACUCGCUGCUGUGGCUGCAGUGUUAAUUAGCCUCAUGUGGGUUUGUAAUAAGUGUGCAUAUAAAUUCCAGAGGAAGAGAAGACACAAACUCAAAGAGAACACAGCUGAGGAGAUCGAGCUACAAGACGUUGAGUGUUAGCCAAGCUGAGCCCCAAUUACAUUCCUACCUCAAGAGGAAAAAUGUUCUUUUCUGAUGAAAGGAGCAAACAUAGCAGUCCAUGCUGAGAGCCUCCCAUUGUCCUGCCACAGCUGCCCAUUUGUGAUGGGACUGCUGGAUGUGAACAAAGUUAACUGCAUGGAGCUGAGGACUCUGGAUUGAACAGUCAGUUCUUGCACUGCACGAAGUUCAAGGCAAAGAGUGCUUUGCGUGGCUGCAGCGUGGAAGCCCGUAACCAAUGUCACAGUGCAAACACUGGCUGCUUGCUUCCCACACUCUGCUCAGGCCAGGGGAUGGCCAUUGAAGGCGUCCCCACAUCAGAGGCCAGCGCCCUCCAGAUCAGGUGGGCAGCCGGCACUGGCACAAGCCGUCGGUGCUGCUGUCUGCUCGGCUGUGCCUUCCAACCCUGUGCUGUGGAAGGCGUUGGGAAAAAAUGUGAGGCGUUUAGACAGCCUGCUGCCUGAGACAGAGGAAGGGACAGACUGAGGUGUGCCACUGUGCGAGUGGCUCAGGGAGGGGCAAGAGCUUCCCAUGGCCUGGAGCUUUAGGGAGAAGAGCUUAAUUUGUUCUUGUACCAGCAUUGGGAACAAGGAAAAGGGAGAAAAUCACCUUUCUCUUCCCCUCAUAAUCCAACUUUGAUUGAAUUUAUCCCUCCUGUGGCCCCAACUUAGGCAGGUGUCAGGAGAAAGGUCUUCUUCACUGUGGACAGCAUCUGCCCCCCAGAAGGCCUCCUAACAAGCACUGUGAAGGCUGGGCCUGCGUCACGGGUGAUACAACAGGGGUCAGUCAGUUCAGGCUUCUAACGUGUCCCCCUAAAUCUCUAACCCUUCAUGCCUCAAAUCAGGCCCUCGCUCUCUCCCAGCUGGGCAGAGGAGCACUUGCAGCUCACCUACCUCACAGUCAUGUGAUCAAAUGAAGUCCAGUGUGCCUAGGGCUCUCCAACCAAUUUAAGACAGGCGUGAGGAUUCUUUGGCGAUCUGAAAGCAACCUGCGCUAUACCGAUUAUGGGAAAUUGAUAAAACGUGCUGGGGUGUUGGGCUCCAGGUAAAAUAGGGAGCGGGAUCACAGCUGGCCUUGGCCCUUCUUCUCUCAGGUUUGGUUAGCAUGUUUACCUGAAAGUUUCCCCAUCCCAGCUUCCAUUUGGCAAGCUCUAAAGCAAGCCUGUGUUUAUUUUCCAUUAUCUUUUCUCUUUCUGAUAUCCUCAGCUACAGAUGGAAGGUACCACCCCCAUUACUGGUGGAGGCUGAGGUUAUCAGCUGUGUCCCCAGCCCUCAGCUGCAAAUUCACCCAUACAAAGGAGAGCUAGAACGUUCCCUUCUUUCUUCCCCCCUUCACAUCCCCAACACCCACAUCUUUUCUGCUUCCCAUGCAGCAGAAGGAGCUGCCUGGAGAAGGUGGUAUGCAGUCCUUCCUUGAGUAAUGGAACCAGAGUGGCAGGGAGAGACCUUUCAGAGUAUUCAGGCAGGAACUAUGAGUGAAGUCGAGCAGGGCUGUGAAGGCACUACCCGUCUCAAAAGGCAAGAGAGUAAUUGGUCUGCGCAGCUGGUUUGCAGCUCUAGCUCCUGACAUCAGCGUUCUCACCUGAGGCCACAUCUUGUGCACACACACGGGCAAACGUGCACACCUGUGCUCUUGGCCCAGGCAGCAGAGGAGCCCGGCCUGUGCCAGGACAGGUUCUUUUUACUGGUGGGUCUCCAGCACCCUGGAAAAGCUGGGUGAGGAGAACCCGAGAGAUCAGGGUGUCUAGGGUAACCUGCUUAUGUGUUUCUCCUGUCACACACAAAGCGCAUCAGUGGAAACACUGCACCUGGUAGCUGCUGGAGUCUGUGUGUCCUCUUUCACUACCUGCUUUCCAGACCUCUCCGCUUGUCGGAAAUCAGGGCUGGACAUCUUCACAUAAAAGGAGAAAUGGAAAAUACCCAGUGAGAGGCCUCCAUGGUCAAACCUAGAUGUAAAUUAGACUGCCCCCCAAACAUGUCCUGAAAGGUUAUACCCUCAGCAUUCCAUGUCUUUAUUUUGCACUUCUAAAGCUCCCUUCACCCCGAGCAUUCCUGUGGAAUGGUUUUGAUUCUAGAGCCUGAGUUUUUGUCUGUUUUUUGUUUUUUCAAAAUGGAAAACAGAUCAUAGAAGUUAACCACUGUAAAUGCUAAGCUAUAAGUUAAUGUUUCAAACUGUGAAAAUUGUUUUAAAGAAUGAAAUAAAACCUGGAAAUAAAG